AUGUUAUCGUUGGACUACUUCCUGCUGAUGAGGGGCAUCGAGUUCCUUGGGGGCUUCACCUCUCUGUUCUCUAGUCGCACAUCCCGGAAGUCAGUCUCUCAUCCGGAGUCCGGAGACGCUUCCGCCAUGGCAGAGGGUGAAGGCUACCGGAACCCCACGGAGGUGCAGAUGAGUCAGCUGGUGCUGCCCUGCCACACUAACCACCGUGGGGAGCUGAGCAUUGGACAGUUGCUCAAAUGGAUCGACACCACAGCCUGCCUAUCAGCGGAGAGGCAUGCUGGCUGUCCCUGUGUCACAGCCUCCAUGGAUGACAUCUACUUCGACCAUACCAUUAGUGUCGGCCAAGUGGUGAAUAUCAAGGCCAAGGUGAACCGGGCCUUCAACUCCAGCAUGGAGGUAGGAAUCCAGGUGGUCUCUGAAGAUCUGUGCUCUGAGAAACAGUGGAGUGUCUGCAAGGCCUUGGCCACCUUCGUGGCCCACCGGGAGCUCUCCAAGGUGAAGCUGAAGCAGGUUGUCCCAUUGACGGAGGAGGAGAAGACGGAGCAUGGGGUGGCGGCUGAGCGCCGGCGUAUGCGACUGGUCUACACAGACACCAUCAAGGAUCUCCUAGCUCACUAUGCCAUCCAGGAUGAUCUGGACAAGGACUGCAACAAUAUGGUGCCAGCCGAGAAGACCCGGGUGGAGAGCGUGGAACUGGUGCUGCCUCCUCAUGCCAAUCAUCAGGGCAAUACCUUUGGGGGCCAGAUCAUGGCCUGGAUGGAGAACGUGGCCACCAUUGCAGCCAGCCGGCUCUGUCAUGCCCACCCUACACUCAAGGCCAUCGAGAUGUUCCAUUUCCGAGGCCCAUCUCAGGUGGGGGACCGUCUGGUGCUCAAGGCCAUCGUGAAUAAUGCCUUCAAGCAUAGCAUGGAGGUGGGUGUGUGUGUAGAGGCUUACCGCCAGGAGGCUGAGACCCAGCGCCGGCACAUCAACAGCGCCUUCAUGACUUUCGUGGUCCUGGACAAAGAUGACCAGCCUCAGAAGCUGCCCUGGAUUCGUCCCCAGCCUGGGGAUGGUGAACGGCGAUACCGAGAGGCCAGUGCCAGGAAGAAGAUCCGCCUGGACAGGAAGUACCUGGUGUCCUGUAAGCAGGCGGAAAUGGCCCUGUCUGUUCCCUGGGACCCUAGCAACCAGGUAUACCUGAGCUAUUACAACGUGUCCUCUCUGAAGACGCUUAUGGCCAAGGACAACUGGGUGCUGUCUGUGGAGAUCAGUGAGGUUCGCCUGUACAUCCUGGAAGAGGAGUUCCUGUCCUUUCACUUGGAGAUGGUGGUAAAUGUGGAUGCCGCCCAGGUCUUUCAGCUGCUCUCAGACCUGAGCAGAAGACCAGAAUGGGACAAGCAUUGCCGGACUGUGGAGCUAGUGCAGCAAGUGGAUGAGGAUGACGCCAUCUACCAUGUCAUCAGCCCUGCCCUGAGUGGUAACACCAAGCCCCAAGACUUUGUGAUCCUGGCCUCUAGGCGGAAGCCUUGUGACAGUGGGGACCCCUACGUCAUUGCCCUGAGGUCUGUCACACUGCCCACGCACCAUGAGACACCGGAAUAUCAACGUGGGGAGACUCUCUGUUCCGGCUUCUGUUUGUGGCGUGAGGGGGACCAGUUGACUAAGGUUUCUUACUACAAUCAGGCCACCCCUGGUUUUCUCAACUAUGUGACCACCAAUGUGGCUGGCCUGUCCUCGGAGUUCUACAACACUUUCAAGGCUUGUGAGAGUUUCCUGUUGGACAACCGGAAUGACCUGGCCCCCAGCCUCCAGACCCUCUAGACACCACCCCAUGCUGCCCCAGGUCUCACACAGUGCGCGGAGCAGAGCAGAGGCAUUUAUUCACCUUGACUCCCCAGGGAAACCUUCCACAUAAGAUGGUCCAGCCCUACUGGAUGGUCGAUGUCUGUCCACGUGUGCCAGCAAGUCUUUACGGUACUCCUGGGGUAUCCUGUAAUAGACUCGGGUCCUGUCCACGGCCCUGGCCGCCCACAGUCCAGCCCACACAUCUGCAUAGCUGUUCCCAGCACUGCUGUGGUACACUGUGACAGUGGCUCUAGGGGAGAAGGCCAGUAGCCUGGCCACAGUGUUGGCUGGACUCUGGCCCAGCGGCCCGGCUUGCAGCUGAAAGGACACGGGUUGCCGGAGCCCCUGACACAGCUCCAGCAUCUCCGUGACCAUCUGCUCCUGAUAGCCACUGCCCAGCAUCUCUUCAGGCCAAGCCGGUGCCACCGUCACAUGGGGGAAAACUUCAGCCACAGCUGCGAGCAGCUCUCUGCCCGCUAUGUGGCCAGGGACCACAAAACUACCAUGGGACACUGUGGCCCCCACCCACACAGGCCAGGGCAGAUGGCCAAGGGUGGAGAGGUGUGCUAAUGUGGCCAGGGAUGGCCGGAGAGCUGCGGGUUCCGUUAUGUUCACAUGGAUGCUCCAGCGCGUGGCGUGAACAGCCAGGUGCAGCAGACACGACUCCAGGGUCAGAACAGAACCACCUGGGGUGCGCAGGACGGGCACAGGGUUCCCAACUUCAGGUUCCUGGAGGCCGACAUCCAGUAGGAUCAUGCCUUCUCUAUCUGGAAGAGGCAGAUAGGGUUUGGAGUUCCUGUUAUCACGGGAUGUCAGUGUUUCUUGUUAAAGGGAGCAGACAUGGGGACAGACAAAGAG